UCACGAUGCCUGGUGACGGAGCGGAGGAACACGCGAAGGAAACAAACCAGAUGGCGGCAGGACCUGUACCAGUUUCAUCUCUCUGCUGUGAAAACUUGUUUUUUUUAUCUUUUAACUCGAGCAGACGAUGGAAAGGGUCGUAGGGCUCGAGAAAGAGACGGUGCAAAUCUGCUUCAUUCCACAAACCCAAGGUCCCGUUUUUUAUCCCAAGGUUGGGGCUUUUUGAUUCAUUUUUUUAUGGGACAGAUGACGGGAGGGUCAACAGGCCUAUUUCUACUGACGUCUCUUUCUCUCUCUUCCUCCGCCUAGAGAUUUCCUUUUCCUUUGUUUUGCGAGGCUUCGUAAUGUCCACGCGUAGGAAGUCUCCUUUUAUCUUCCACACCCGUUUACACCAACUCGCACCAGCCUCUCGGCCUUCUAAAGCUUCGAUCUUUGAGGUCUCGGAGCAGGAAAUUGCCUCGUUCGCGUCCUAGGUGGUAGGGAAGGGAGAGGAAGACAGAACGCGGUUCUUGAGUUCCUCUUGCCUUCCUUCUCUUUCUUUCUGCCCUUCGGUGACAGCGAGAGGGUGUUGAGGCAUCUGCUCAUACCUUAAACGGAUCGUCUAUGCUUUUGCAUCCUCUGGUGUAUCCAUCAGAUCUCCCUUUUUUUAUUUUUUUAUUGUGUUGUAUUUGUUCUCCCUGAGUCCUCUUCCCCUCUAUUCAGUUCUGUCGAUUUGAUUCUGCUCCUUUGUUUAUUGCAUGGAGAUCUUGUUCUAAGACCUUGGGAAACUCGGAAAUCUGGGUUGAAAAGCGAGAACACGCAUUAGAUCUACUACUAGCAUCUGCUAGCACUUGGUGAGGAAGAGUGUUUUUGAAGCAACGAAGCGAGUUCGAAGAGGUGUGAUUGAGAAAGAGAGGAAAUAAAAUUGAUUUUCAAUGAGUUUUGGAGGUUUGUUCGACAGCGGCUCCGGCCGCGGUGGCGGUGGCGCUCGGACGGGGUUGGCCGAUGCGGUGCACCGCAGCUCCACCGCCAUGUCUGCCAGCAACAUCUCACAGCCGCUCCUCGCCUCGCCUUCUCUCCCCAUGUUCAACUCCCCUGGCCUCUCCCUCACCCUGCAAUCGGAUAUGGAAGGCACGGGUGCCGCCGGUAAAGGUGGAGCGUGGGAUCUGGAUUCGGGGCGUCAGAACAAGGAAGACGAGAACGAGAGCCGGUCAGGAGGGAGCGACAACCUGGGAGGACUCUCCGGGGACAAUUUAGAACAGGAGAACCCGCGCAAGAAGAAGCGAUACCAUCGCCACACCCCGCACCAAAUCGAAGAACUCGAAGCAUUCUUCAAGGAUUGCCCUCACCCUGAUGAGAAGCAAAGGUUGGAACUUAGCAAGAGGUUAUCCUUGGAGGCUCGCCAGGUCAAGUUCUGGUUCCAGAACCGCCGAACCCAGAUGAAGACCCAAAUGGAACGCCACGAAAACAUGAUCCUAAGGCAGGAGAACGACAAGCUUCGCGCUGAGAACUUGUCAAUCAGGGAGGCGACGAGGAACCCUGUCUGCAGCAACUGCGGUGGGCUGGCGAUGCUCGGCGAAGGGUCGCUCGAAGAACAACACUUGAGAAUUGAGAAUGCCCGUCUCAAGGAUGAGCUUGAUCGUGUUUGCUCCCUCAUUGGGAAGUUCCUCGGCAAGCCUAUAUCUGCGUUGUCUAGUCCACUUCCUCUCCCGAUGUCAAAUUCAACAUUGGAUCUUGCAGUCGGGAACAAUGUUUUCGGUGGCCUGGGUUUGGUGACCCCGGCAACGUUGCCUCCGGUCACUGAUUUAACCGCCGGAGCAACAAGCGGCCCAUUCGGCACCGUUACAACUCCUGCAAGGAACGUUGGCACGGGAACUCUAGACGGUGUGGAUAGAUCGCAGGAGAGAUUCGUGUUCUUGGAACUUGCACUCACAGCAAUGGAUGAGCUGGUGAAGAUGGCUCAGAUGGAGGAUCCUCUUUGGGUUCCAACUUUGGAUGGAGGGAAGGAAACACUGAACUACGAGGAGUAUCUUCGAAGUUUCCCUCGCUGCAUCGGUGCGAUGCCCGUUGAGUUGGUGUCGGAGGCCACCAGGGCUACCGACGCCGUGAUCAUCAAUAGCUUGGCGUUGGUUGAGACUCUCAUGGACGCCACUCGGUGGGUAGAUAUGUUUCCUUCUGUGAUUGCAAGAGCGACCACGAUUGAUGUGAUCUCCAGUGGCAUGGGUGGUAGCAGAAAUGGUGUGCUCCAACAUAUGCAUGCAGAACUUCAAGUUCUCUCGCCACUGGUGCCUGUCCGAGAUGUCCGUUUCCUUAGGUUCUGCAAGCAACUUACAGAGGGAGCUUGGGCGGUAGUAGAUGUCUCCAUCGAUGGAAUUAGAGACGACCUUUCUGCUCCACCUCCUAAUAUGAGUUGCCGCCGGUUGCCGUCUGGUUGCCUGGUGCAGGACAUGCCUAAUGGUUAUUCUAAGGUCACAUGGGUGGAGCACGCCGAGUACGACGAGGCCGCGGUGCACCCGCUGUUCCGGCCGCUGGUGCGCUCCGGCAUGGCGCUCGGCGCACAUCGUUGGGUCGCCUCCCUCCAACGCCGGUGCCAGUCCUUGGCUAUGCUCAUGUCCUCUUCGCUCUCCCAUGACGAUACCACCACAAUAACGCCGAGUGGGAGGAGGAGCAUGCUGAAGCUGGCGCAGCGCAUGACGGACAACUUCUGCGCCGGGGUGUGCGCGUCGUCAGCCCACGAGUGGAACAACCUCAGCGGCAGGAUCAACAUCGGCGAGGACGUGAGGGUCAAGACCAGCCAGAACGUGGCCGAGCCCGGGGAGCCACCGGGGGUGGUGCUGAGCGCUGCCACCUCGGUGUGGCUCCCUAUCGCCCCACAGCGCCUUUUCGACUUCCUCCGCAACCAGCAGCUACGGAGCCAGUGGGAUAUCCUCUCCAACGGCGGUCCCAUGGAGGAGAUGGCCCACAUCGCCAACGGAAAGACCGGCAACACCGUCUCCCUCCUCCGUGCCAGCGCGGUGAGUGCAGACCACAACAGCAUGCUGAUACUGCAAGAAACGUGCACGGACUCGUCCGGGUCGGUUGUGGUGUACGCCCCGGUGGACGUGCCGGCCAUGCACCUCGUUAUGAGCGGCGGCGACUCCACCUACGUCGCCCUUCUCCCGUCUGGUUUCGCCAUCCUCCCCGACGGCCGCGGCAGCGGCGCAGGCGUCACCCACAAGGCGGGAGGGUCGCUGCUCACCGUCGGGUUCCAGAUUCUGGUGAACAGCCAGCCGACGGCGAAGCUGACGGUGGACUCGGUGGAGACCGUCAGCAACCUUAUCUCAUGCACCGUGGAAAAGAUCAAGGCAGCCAUCCACUGCGAAGCUUGAAGAGGAGCAUGGCGAGAGGACGUCAGGUAAUGCAUGGAUUGAGUCAAGAACGAACCACAACGUAAAAAAACCUUUGCCAAGUGGUAAGGAAGUAUGGAAACACUGCUAAAACCCUAUCGGCACUAAGAGCAGCCCAUAAUCCUUAACACGGAGCAAUGGUGGUGGUUCGGGCAUUGACUCGUUCCGAUCGACGCGCUUGCUGAAUCUCCAGCACAGUGAGAUGCUGCAUGAUUAGUAUUGUAGUGGUUUGGCCUUUGUAGUUUUUGCCAUCUGCAACAUAGUUAACUGGUGAUGAAAGGAGCAAGUAGUGCUGUUUGCUGCAUAUGAGCGUAGUUUUUUAUCGGACAUAUAAGUUGCUGCAUAUAACUGUAUAUGAGCUCCAAUAGCUCUUCCUUUACUUCCUCUUGUGUUUACCAGCCA